AUGGUCAAAGGGCACGACGGACCGGUGUGGCAGGUGGCGUGGGCGCACCCGAUGUGCGGCAACCUGCUGGCCUCGUGUUCCUACGACAGGAAGGUGCUCAUCUGGAAGGAGAGCGGCGGCCAGUGGAACAAGCUGUACGAGUACGCCAACCACGACUCGUCGGUCAACAGCAUAUCGUGGGCUCCUCAUGACUACGGACUCAUGCUGGCAUGCGGCAGCUCAGACGGAGCCGUCUCCAUCAUUUCCAGCUCUGGUGAUGGCAACUGGGAAUCGAAGAAGAUCACGAACGCACACACGAUCGGCUGCAACUCGGUCAGCUGGGCCUCGGCCGUGCUGUCCAACUCGAUGCCGGACCAGAGCGGCACCGGGAAGGCGGUCAAGCGCUUUGUCACAGGAGGCUGCGACAGUCUGGUCAAGAUCUGGAGGGAGGACGACGGUCAGUUUGUCGAGGAGCAGAAGCUCGAGGGACACAGCGACUGGGUGCGUGACGUCGCGUGGGCGCCCUCUAUCGGCCUGCCACACCAGAUCAUCGCCAGCUGCUCUCAGGAUCGCCGAGUCAUCAUCUGGCGGAACGACGGCACUGCCGGCGCCACCUGGACGUCGACGGUGCUGCACACGUUCGACGACGUCGUCUGGCACGUCAGCUGGUCGGUGACGGGAAACAUUCUAGCCGUGUCUGGCGGCGACAACAAGGUGAGCUUGUGGAAGGAGACGUUAGAAGGACAGUGGGUCUGCAUCAGCGAUGUGAAGAAAGGCAAGAGUGCAGUGCUGAGCAGCUAGGAAGGGUCACUCCUUUCCCGCUCCCACCUGUGCUGAGAAACGACCUCCCCUCUCCCCCCACGAAGAGGGGGGAGUGAUCCCCUCCCACAAUGAUGAGGAGAAGUGACUUCCUCUUAUUGUGAUGCGAUGGGAUGACUCCCUCCUACCAUGAAGAGGAUGAGUGACUCCCACCACUACGAUGACGGGGAGUGACCCCCUCCCAUGAUGAGGGGAAGUGAGCCUCUCCCAUUGUGAUGAAGAGGAGUGACUCCCACCACCACGAUGAGGAAGAAUGACCCCCUCCCAUUGUGAUGAAGAGGAAUGACCCCCUUCCAUUGUGAUGAAGAAGACUAACCCCCUCCCAUUGUGAUGAGGAGGAAUGACCCUCCCUCCCCAUCAUGAUGAGGAAGGGUGACCUCCCACCACCACUAUGGUGAAGAAAAGUCUAAUGUCAGAUCACUAAUUGUCACCGGAUACUGCGGUUGCGACCAUCAGAUGGCAGCACCAUAUUGCUGCGUUCUCUAAAGCAAACUGGGAAGGAGGAUAACUCAUAAGGCACUGUAAACAGUUGCAUUGUUAGAAGUCUGCAAACAAUGGUGUUGUCGAUGUAAUGUAAACAAUUGUGUUGUCAGGGCACUGUAAACAAUAGCAUUGCCAGAUGAAUGUAAACAAUGGCAUAAUCACAUGUCUGACAACAAUGUUGUUAGGGGAAUAAACAAUGGUUUAUUCAGGGGACCGUAGACAAUGUCAUUGUUGGGAGACUGUAAAUAGUGGCAUUGUCAGUGAACUGUGAACAAUAGCGAUAUCAGAGCGUCAGAACCCCUGGCAUUGUCAAGUGAAUUUAAACAGCGGUGUUGUCACUUGAGCAUAAAGAUGUCUGAGUGUGAGCGUUGUUUGCUGAUCAGUAAUAGCAAGUGUUGGUGGGGGAGCUUUUACAACUCAUUUUAGUUUUCAUUUUGCAUAAUCACGGAUUGCUGUAUUCACUUCAUCUAUCAGAGCCUACGCAAGUGCCCCAACUGAAGCGUAGCUAACCCAUUUGUCUUUGUGGGAGGAGGAAGGGUCAGAAUCAUGCGCAGUGUGUGUUCUGGACAGUCGAGCGUAGGGGGUUGUUUCUCCAUUGGUUAUUGACCAUGUGAUAGUAGUUACAUUGGUCUGGUAGCGGGGACUGCCCUCCCUUUCCUCCCUCCAACUAGCCACGGCCCUGCCCCCGUAUAUAUCCCAUAUACCAUAAUCUAUCCUACGUGUGCCAACGCGUCACCUCUCACCGUGUAACGCGCACACGCGUCAUGCACGCACGUAACCCAACCAUCUCACCCACAUCAUAUAUGUCUGUCAUGCAUCAUAUAAACACACCCUCCACCAGUCACUAUGUGUAACGCUAUGCGAGUGGCGUCGUAGAGUAAGUCGAUAAGCCAUGUGUUGUGGCCGAGAGAGGGCAUGGGUCACACGUUUCCUGUUGGGUGGAGGUUUGACAUGUUAUAACAGCGAUGCGGCGAGCCUACACAAAAGCUGAGAUGUUAAUGUAUAACAGAACAGAUACGUAGGCCCUACUAGUAAUCUGGCAAAUGCGCCUAUAUGUAUUAGUAAAUGCCGAUUUACUGAAUAAAGGUGAUAUAAUAAUAUUAUAAUAA